ACCGGCAGCAGCAAUCAUACUCCGCAAGAUUUACACGCGCGUGAGAAGUACGCGGUCGCGAGCCGGUGACAUUUUCUGAUCCAAACUCUGUAAACGUAACCGGUAACCUGCUCUGUCAUGAUGUGGAACUUGGAGGGAUCUUCCGUUUUGGUUCUCGAAUCCCGAUACCACAGUAGGUGUAGUACCAUCACAUCAUGGCUAUAAUCUAACGGACCCGCUCACGCGCCAAUGAAUCCUUCUCUCACUUCUUCCUCCUCCUCUUCCUCUUCGUCCUGGUUCUUCGGAAUCGUUCGACCCGGUCGUUCAAGCAGUUUGAAAAUGUCCACAAACUCCUCCGCCGUCGCUGCCUCAACCGACACCGGCGGCCCCGUCGUCCGCAGAAAUCAGUUCCGAGGAGUUCUUUUCAAGUACGGUCCCAAACCUAUUCAGGUUGCAUUUAAGACUGGCGAUUUCAAGCGGCAAGUCAUCUUUAUUGGUGGAUUGACCGAUGGUUUUCUUGCUACUUCAUACUUGGAACCUUUGGCAAUUGCUCUGGACCGUGAGAAUUGGUCAUUAGUUCAAUUUCUUAUGUCAUCUUCUUACAGUGGAUACGGCACCUCCAGUCUGCAACAAGACGCCAAGGAGCUGGAUCAGCUGAUUAAUUUUUUAAUUAACAAAGAGGAAUCCGAAGGCGUGGCAUUGCUGGGGCAUAGUACCGGCUGUCAGGAUAUUGUGCAUUACAUGCGCACAAAUUAUGCUUGCUCCCGAGCAGUUCGUGCUGCCAUCUUUCAGGCUCCUGUCAGUGAUAGGGAAUAUAAUGCUACGCUCCCUCACACAGCUUCAAUGAUUGACUUGGCUGCUAAGAUGAUAAGUGAAGGCCGAGGUUUAGAGUUAAUGCCAAUGGAAGCAGAUCCUAGUGCCCCAAUAACCGCCUAUAGGUAUCACUCCCUAUGUUCAUAUAAUGGCGAUGAUGACAUGUUCAGUUCUGACCUGAGUGAAGACCAGUUGAGGAUGAGGCUGGGGCAUAUGUCUAACACACAUUGUCAGGUUAUAUUUUCAAUGAGUGACGAAUAUGUGCCAGAUUACGUUGAUAAGAAAGCUCUUGUUCAGCGGUUAUGCGGAGCGAUGGGAGGAGCAGAAAAAGUAGAGAUCGAAUAUGGAAAUCACUCCCUCUCUAACAGAGUUGAAGAGGCUGUUGAUGCUAUUAUUGACUUCUUAAAAAGAGAGGGACCCAAGGGCUGGGAUGAUCCAUGGAGUUAGUUGGAUGUCUCUAUCGAUUUUCAAUGCCUUUUUUCUUAUUGUUAUGAUAGUUUUGAUUCCCUUCUCAAUCUUUCUUCUUUUUCUCCCAUAUAUAUUUUUUUGGGGUGGAGGGUUUGAAUUUGUUGGGGUAGCCAUUUGCAGCCUUAGUUUUUGUUGAUAUAACAGAUGUUAAUAUUUAUCAUCUCAGAAGAGAAGUGGUAUAUCUGUUUUUUCAAUAUAUUAUUUUUUACCCAGGGAA